AUGGUUGACGACCUGGAGCUGCUGCGGCGAGUGUGUUUCUUCGGUGCGCUCUGGACGCUGCAGUGCUGCGCCAGCGUGCUAGGCGCCAUCUCCCGAGACGCCAUUUUCCUGCGGUCCUAUGCAGCUUCCAGUGUCGCUGCACUCACGCUGGCGCUGUCACUGACCACCGCGUACGCUCUGACGUCCGCGACACAAUUAAUGGCCGAGCUAAAAGCCCAAGGAGUUCGUCCAGGCGUUUUCUACGCCAUCAGCCCGCUUAGUCUAGGAUCGGUUCUUUUAGCCCUAACCCUCUUGUCCCUUGCUGCGCCCUUAUUGGCUCGUGCGACCUCGGUCCUGAUCUAUUUGUGGCUGGAAGUGGCGACCCAGUGGCUGACUCAGCAAUUUUGGGAUCUCUGCGCGCAAGCGUUCGACGUGGCCCAAUCUAAAAAGUGGUUUGGCGUAAUUACCUUCGGAUCGACUUGUGGCACCCUCUUGGCGAGUUUUGUGGUCCUCCCGGCACUUCAAAGCCGACAUUUGCCGACCGAGUUUAACUUGUUGGUUUCGGCUGGAGUGCUGCUUGUCGUCGCUGGAGUUUUGCUCGUCUCGGUGGAACGCUUUACCGCUGUUGACGUUGAACAACUGGGUGGAGGAGAGAAAAGAGGUUGUCAGGCUCAGAAUCGAGUGCCGACAGCUUCGAUGUCGUCGAUGGCGAUCAUCAGUGAUAUCCAGGCUAGAACGUACUUGCAGUACAUUUGCUUCUUUGACAUGGUAGCAACAGUCAUGCGGGUGCUAGUGGACAAUGUGACGCUGUCGGUGUUAUCAUUGCAGCCGGAAGAAGAGGUGCAGGCCUCGUUGUCGCUGAUCAACGGGCUGCAGAGUUUUCUAAUGAUACCGAUGCAACUCCUGUCGGGUUCAUUUUUUACACAUUUUGGUGUCAUGUAUGGCAUUGCAAUGCUGCCAGUGACCACAUUGUUGUUUGGGGCCUCUACUUCUAUUUCGACGUCCGUCCAAUCGUUGAUCUUUACACGAGCACUUUACAACGCCGUGUCACAGGCAAUUUUUAAUCCAGCAAGACAGUUGCUGUGGCUACCAGUAAGCGAGAACGAGCGUGGGCGUUUCCAGAACUUCGUGUGCGGUCCGUUCCGCUCGGUGUCUCGAAUUAUCGGUGCAGUGCUCUCAAUGUUUCUAAAAGCGGAGCUAGUCGUGCAGUCAAUUGGGGCAUCUUCUUCAAGCACUAUAAUGAUUGCAACGUCCACAGCCUCAUUCAUUGCCGCUUUAGCAGCUCGGCGGUCUUAUACAUCCGAAUUUUACGCUUCAUUACGGCAGGGAUAUCUGGAUUUGACCUCGCCUCUCAUUGACUUUACCCCGGACCAGAUUGCUUUAGUGAAGGAAAUGUUGGUGAACGGAGAACAGCACCAAGCCAGCUUCGUUUUGAGCUUGUUAUCCCACGGGCACAUCAGCCUUUUUCAUCGGGAACUACGAACGCUUUUUUACAAGAAAAACCAGGAUGAUGUGCUACUCACACCGAUGCACACUAAACUGCGCCUAUUGAACCUUCAUACGUCAGCAAAGCGAGAGUUCGUGCUCAAUGCACAAGAAUCGUAUUUGCUUCCGGACGCAAGCACGUUUUCUGGUGGUAUCUUUAACACAAUGGAUCUCAUGAUGCUUGUCAAAGACUCAUCUGUUGCGGUGCCACGCCAAGUACGACUCGCAGCAAUCCUGGCUUGUGGCUACAAAAAAUAUGAUGUGAAUGCAGAUCGGUGCCUUGAGAUGCUUCGUAAGCUACUUCACAGUGGCGAAACGGACAAAUCAGUCGUAAUUUGUGCUGCGGUGGCUUUGCUGCGUCUGUCAGACUGGAUGGAUAAAGAAGCGAAUCUAAUCCUCCAGCGACUGCUGCACGAAGAAAAGGUUCUGGAGGUGCGAGUGAUUGGGUUAAAGAUCAUCGGCAAGGAGCUACCAGAACUGAUGGGUGAUGGCUUCCUGGUGUACUUGCUUCAUCACUCGUCGAAUCAGAUUGUCCAAGCAGCCGUUCAGUGUUGCUCAAACAGCUCUCGCAGCUCUAGGAUGCUUAUCCCGGCCCUGAUGAAGCACCUUUCAAACCCAGUGUUGUGCGCCCAAAUCGUAGGAGCUCUGAAGAGCUUUGAACCGGUUGCUCUAUGGAAACCGCUGUGCCAGUAUACGGAAGCGAUGCUCCAACUACCCACACAUACUGUUGGCAGUGAGCUAGCUUCGGACCAGAUCCACAACAAGGGAGAGGCACUGGCCGGUGUACUUAAAGUGCUUGGCAGUGCAAAUUUUCCGGUGGAAGACAAAUUGGAUUUCUUACUGCGCUUGUUUGAGGCGUUGCUGGUGGAACCUGGCUUACCAAAAGACGAAGCCAGCAACAAAGACGUUCUGCAUAAUCUGUUUGGAACAGAUGCGGCCAUGGAAGAGCUGGUCGUAGACGCUCUGCUAUCUCUGAUUGGAUCGAUGGACGAAAAGACGAUGAGUUCAUUUUCACAGAGGAUGGAGCCCAUUCACUACGCGCUUAGCACUAAGAUCCGCGAGGCGCACAAAACGCAUCAUGUUCUUGAACUCUUUUUCCAGAUAUGCCCACGCACUGCGACAAACAUUGAGGAAACGUCCCCACUGUUGCUACAGCACUUGGAACAUAGUCUGAACGAUACGCUUCGGUUACUGCUUAAGCUACUUGCAACGGGAUUCCCGAAAGAGUUCGAUGUUGCAGUUAUUCUCGAAGGCUUGCGGCCGGAUAUGGCGCAAGUGCAUUCUGCCAUUCAGGAGGUGCUCGAAAAUCUGCUUCCUACGCCCUACAAAGGACUGGUGCUCCCUUUGCUAUUCCCAAAAUUGCCAUCGACAAAAGCAGCGUCGAAGAUGAUGCAAGGCAUUGUCGAGUUAUUUGGCAAGAAAGGUGGAGUCGACAUUUUGUUGGAUGUCAUGAAGCAACAGCAAUCGAAUCUAGAGUUGUCAGCUCUUGCUCUUCAGUACUUUCUUCAUAUUGCUGCCGACCAUGCUGAACACCUCGAUGAUGCGGCAAAAUUGGCAUUUCUGGACCAUGUCGUGCCAAGUCUGCUCAGUCACGAGUUAACGAAGGAACUGUUGGUUGAGACCUAUCACAACCGUCCAGAAGUCCUCUCGUACGAGUCUCUCGUCCAUCUAAAAGAUUGCGAGCCUCCGCUUCUUUCCCGAAUCGCGGUGGCAAACUGUCUUCGCGCGUCGUCGCUCUUCGAGAACGUUUGUGCGAUUAACAUUCUGCGAGUUAUUUCGCAUCAUUUCACUCCGAUUACUGUGAAACGGGGAGAAACAUUCGUGAUCGAGGGUGAUGUCGCUUCAGCCAUGUACGUCGUUGCCAAAGGUACUGUACAGCUUCACAAGCAGCAACGAGUUCUAGCGGAGUUAAGGUUUGGCAAAUGCAUUGGACAAGCUGCCCUGAUGCAACACUCGCUUCGUACUGGAACCCACAUCUCCUCUGCGACCGCGAUGGAAGAUUGCAUCCUUCUCAGUAUAUCGCGGAAAGAUCUUGAUGCCUUGAUAAAGCAAAAACCGCAAGUAUCGAGAGGUGUGCUGAAAGCGGUGGCCUCUUCGCUUCAACUGCUCUACCUUGAGCCACUUGAUACGAUUGCUCAAUCAGGAAGCCUUCCUCUUUGCGACCGAAGAAGUUCACUGACCACAGCGACAUUGCGUUGGAAUAGCGACGCGGACCACCCGAUGUUCAAGAUGACGAAGGCCCUUUCAACGAAAAUGAAAGCGGCGCUCUACGUCGAUCGCGCAACUAAAUCGUUUCUGUAUAACGUUGGUCGAUCACGGACCACGUCUCACUCAAUACCGCCAUUGCUGUCAGGGGAAAGGGAGAGACAUCGUAGCUUUUGCGACUCACAACUGAGAGAACGGAGAUCACGCUACGGUACGCCACCAUCGAAAGGAUUGCUCAUGCUAUCAGACCCUGCCGUCUACACAACGUUCGAGAAAUCCAUUCACUUGAAGACAUCUCACCUAAUGCGAAACCUCGACGACGACAAGGUCGCGUUGGUGGCUCAGUUAUCACGAGUCAUGGUACUUAAUCAUGGUGACCUGCUCUAUUCCAGCGACACGAAGGUGGAGUUUGUACAUGUCAUCGUUGAUGGUACAAUAGAGAUGACGAAUUCCCAAGGUGAAUGUGGUGCUGCUGUCUCGAAAUCGGCCAUGCCCACUUCAAUCAAACUCCACCACGGCGCUUGUUUUGGAGCAGAGGCUUUUGUGCCCAACGCGACUGCACGAGGUUCGUUUUCAGCGAUCGGCCGAUGCACGCUUUUUGAAAUUGCCGCAAAGGAACUUGUCGACCUGAGCGAGCUACACCAUGACAUCAUGCAUGUCCUCCUGGCAUGGCUCUCGCAAACGUUGGCCGAGUCAACAAGAACAAUGAUCACACCGCUCGUCUGUCCAGCCACUUUAGCUGCCUUCUCAAGGCACUGGGAAGACAAUGAGGAGACCUCUGAGCUGAAAAAAUGUAAAGGCAAACGACGGUCGGAGACGGGUUAG